AAAUACUUACUCUCUAUAAAACCAAUCAAAAACACUUGUAUUAAUUUAUUUGUUUACGAGUAUUCUCAUAGGUAAAGUUACACGUACGUAUGAGUUGAAAAACAGGACAAAUACAAAACUUACAUUUAUGCACAUUUACUGACUUAAAUUCACAAAUUUAGAUGUCUACGCAUGCAUUUUUAAUUGACAGUAGUUUUAUCUCAUACAUAACUCCUUGUGUUUCCAUAGCAACUAAAACAAACAAGAACCUGACACAGGUCGUGUGACAUCAUCAUGUCAUCGGUGUUCUCAUCGAUGAUGUCAUAAAGGUUCAAGCGAUUAUUAUCAUUUGGAAUCCAAGAAUUCUCAGUUUGCUUUUCAACGCCGUUGGAGGUACAACACUUUGAUAGAGAGACGAUUUCGGACAGUGAUUUUAGAAACCAUUUCAACUACAGUCAAGAUGAUUUUAACCAUCGGUUGGGGCCUUGGGUAUCUUGUUACGAAGGGAGUAGAAAAGUUGCUGGGAUAUCGGAUUAAAGAUGAAGACCUUUCAGCAGAGAGAUCAACUGACGAAAGUUCAGAAAAGUUUGAUUUUGACGUCGUCGCCAAAGACGAUGUAAAACACAAGGAUGUUUCAAAGGAGAGCACAUCUGAAGAUGAACAACAUAAGCACUUUGGAUUUGAAGAUUUCGUUGAAGACAAUGAAAAACACAGUGUUGUUUCUUCAGAAAGCUCAUCUGAAGAUGGAAGAUUUGAGUCCACAAGUUCUGACAUCGUCUCUGAAGACAAUGUAAAACACACUGAUGUUUCUGCAGAGAGCUCAUCUGAAGAUAAACAACAUAAUUACUUUGAAUUUGAAGAUUUCGUUGAACACGAUGAAAAACACAGUGAUGUUUCUUCAGAGAGCUCAUCUGAAGAUGAAAGAUUUGAGUCCUCUGGUUCUGACAGUGUCUCCGAAGACGAAGUAGAACACAGUGAUGUUUCUUCAGAGAGCUCAUCUGAAGAUGAAAGAUUUGAGUCCUCAGGUUCUGACAGUGUCUCCGAAGACGAAGUAGAACACAGUGAUGUUUCUUCAGAGAGCUCAUCUGAAGAUGAAAGAUUUGAGCAGCACCCAGCAGGGUGGGCGGAGACACAGGAAGGAGCCGAAUGUGGGUUCGACGGGCAACGUCGGUGCUGGGGCCGGGCCACUGGAGGCUGGUCCGGAGGUCGACGUCGGUACAGAAGCCAGGCUGCGGGAGGUGGGUCCGCCAGGCAACGUCGGCGCAGGGACCGGGCCACAGGAGGCGGCGACAAGGAGUCUCUGGGAGUAUCUGGAGGAGCACUAGGAGGCUGGUUCUCGGGAGGAGGACUAGGGGGCGACGAGGAAACAUUGGAAACACUAGGGAGCUCGGAGGAGACGCUAGGGAGCUUGGAGGGAAAGCCAGGGAGCUUGGAGGGGACGUUAGGGAGCUUGGAGGGAAAGCCAGGGAGCUCGGAGGGGACGCUAGGGAGCUUGGAGGGAACACUAGGGAGCUCGGAGGAGACGCUAGGUAGCUUGGAGGGAAAGCUAGGGAGCUUGGAGGGAAAGCCAGGGAGCUUGGAGGGGACGCUAGGAAACUCGGAGGAACUAGGAAGCUCUUUAGGGGCCAAGAACCCACUAACAGGGCCCGAAGGCUCACUUACGGGGAACAGGCCACGCCAUCAGCCGCGCCCCAAGGCUGGCGCCCCCUGGCUGGCGACCGCCUGGAAACCCAUCAUCAUGGGGACCAGAGCGAAGGCGAUAGUGUGCUCUCUUCGCCGAGGGGCUGGAGAAGGCUUAGGAGCGACGGCUGCUGGGGGCGUGGGAGCGGCAGCCACAGCGGUGACGACCGGAGGUGUGGAGGAUGCAGGGGCUGGAGGUUCUAUUUGCUGA